CCAGUAUCAACAACAUUUGGUAUGUUAUUCUAGACCAGUAACAACACCAUUUGGUAUGUUAUUCUAGACCAGUAUCAACACCAUUUGGUAUGUUAUUCUAGACCAGUUACAACGGCAGCCUUUGCUGGUAAUGAGAAGGUGGUUUCGGGCAGCGAUGAUCGUACAGUGAAAGUCUGGGAUCUGAAGAACAUGCGGUCACCCAAAGCCACCAUCCGUACUGACUCAUCUGUGAACAGAUUGUGUGUUUCGCAGUCACAGAACAUGAUAGCCAUCCCACACGAUAACAGACACAUACGACUUUUUGACAUCAAUGGAAACAGAAUUGGAAGACUACCGCGCAGCAGCAGAACUGGCCACUCAAAAAUGGUGUGCAGUGUAGCCUGGGCCGAGGACAACCCGGUGUGUAACCUUUUCUCAUGCGGUUUCGACAGACAGGUCCUAGGUUGGAGCAUCAAUGUCCAGAUCAAGGAAUGAAAAGAGUCAGUCAUGGAUCGUUCUGAAUAAACAUUAGCCUAGUUCAUGGAAAACUGGGCUUAAUGCAUGGGACAGCACUCUCCGCCUAAACUGGAUUUUUGCUAAAGAGAUGCUUUCUUCAAACGAAAAAAUACAAACAAGUGGAAAGUGUUGUCUCUGAUAAGCCUGUGCAGAUUUCUCAGGCUAAUCUGUAGAGCUGUAACGAUUCAGAUCGAUGCAUCGAAAAACCGAUUCAAGGCCGCCAAUUCGAUUUCGAUACCAAUACAGCCAAUUUCUGUUCGAUUCACUGCAAUCCCGAUUGAUCCGCAUUUUAAACCUUACCUUCCAAAUCCGUCAUCUCAACGUUCUUGUCAUUUGUAAUACAUCUUGUGAUUGGUCAAUAGCCAAUAUGUCAUCCAAUGAAUGAAUGAAUAACAUGCUGAGCAUUACAUCAACCGGUAAAAUGGCUUCUUCAACCACGCCGAAAGACCCACGUCAAAAUUAAAAUCAAAAGUAUGGGAACAAUUCGUGUUUCGCGAAGGUUCUGAUGCAAAGGCAACUUGCAAAACGUGUUUUGUUGACGUAAGUUAUCCACAUGGUUUGUUUACUUAACUGUGUGCAUUCUGUUAAGAAAUCAAAAAGAAGUUGUUUAUUUACUAACAUGUUUUUUUCUUCUGAUAAACACGUGAUACAUUUAGCAUUCUAUGUUAUUUAAGAACAACUCAACAGAAAGUUUUGUUCAAAAAUUUUGUUACUUAUAAAACAAUGUUGCGUUUUCAUAUUUUAUAAAAUAUAAAAUUUAUAAAAAAUUAAACACUUUAAAUGUACAGCAUAAUAAGUUAAUAACAAAUACCAUACAUAUUAUUUCAUGCUCUGGACAAACCAAACAUGAAAUAGUUUGCAAAAUAAGCAGGAAAUAGUUUAAUUUGAAUCGAAUCGAAAAUAAUCGAAUCAGACCAUUUCGUAUCGAAAUCGAAUCGAAUGAUGGGUGAAUUGUUACAGCUCUGGGGCGACACAUGCAUUAAGCCCAAUGUUCCCUUAAGAAGGCUCAUAUUAUCUGGAGAAAUUAAAAUGUUCUUGUUCUAAAUACAUUUUAUUCCAUGCUUACAUGGAAGAGUGUGUUUUCAAUACCAAACUAUGAAAAGAUUUGUUUUCUGUCAUUGCCUGUCACCAAAUUCAAGGUAGAUCUAGAAAAUAUUUUUAAGUUUUUUUCUCAAUUUAAUUUGGUAAUGUUAUAGCUAGGUAUUUAGUUGUAUAGAAUGUAUGAAUAUAAAUAGGUGUUAAUAAGUAGUGUUGGUGGAUGUUACAUUGAAUUGUCAAUAAUUAUGUUAUGUUUAUUUGAAAAAUUUAUUGUGCAUGUAAGAAAAAAAUGAAUAUAUUAAACGCAAAGAAUACCAUUUCAUGCACAAAUAUGUUCUAGUACUGCAUGAUUAAUACAUAGAAAAUACUGAUUGAAUAUAUUUAGUAAGGCAUAGCACAACUAAACCACCUGUCUUAGUUCAAACUUAUUUAUUUAAGCUGGAUUGCAUUGAAAGACUAAGGCUUAUUGAAACGCUGUCGAGUAUGUUCCCUGGGUAUAACCAGUACAUGUUGUCUUUGAAAGAGAUCUAAAGAAAGCCCCCACAAUGGGGAUCAAACACGCGAGCCUUGGCAGGUGGUUCAGGUUUCAGUGCCAUAAUGCCUAGCAAAUGAAUCUGUAGUCAAUCACUAUCCCAUUAUUGUUUGGCAAUGUCCUAUUUUAAUCAUUAUGUUGAUUUAUUAAAAAGGCCUAUCCAAACAACUUCGAAUACGAACUAAGGGUGUCCAAAUUUUUCUGCUAGGUCAACAUUGUCAUCUUUUGUCUGUACUAAAUCUGACUGGGGUUUUGUUUAAAUACUCUAUAUUUGUGCAACAUGAAAUUGUUGCUUGUUGUAUUAGUUUCCAGUGGUGUCGCAACAUAAAUUGUUUGUUUUAUCCAUUCCAUGCUUAUGCCAGAAAAGUGCUGACUCAUGCCAAAGAUAAAGAAAUAAUUAUUGCAUCCAUAUUUAUUGUAAAUAAUUGAUUUUAAUUAAAACAGUUAUGAAUUUCAUUUGUGAGUAUUUUCCCGUCUAAAAAAUGUAUGUAAGUGUAUUUAAUAUACUUUAAAAAGAUCAUAAAUUUAGACAUGUUUAAUAGAUGUAUUUAGCUUAAUGUUUUAUUUGCUUUCUGUUGAUCAAUUUUAACCGUUUGUUGUUUAUAAAACCAGAGGCGUAUGUUAUCUUUGAUAAUACAUGUAAUGCUUUCAAUGUAUGAAUAUACGAUAAACUAAUAAGUUAUAGCGAAACUCCACGAACUUCUGGAACACCCCUCGUAUAUGUUAAGUAAAUAAAUGAUUUUU